GUACACUCCUCAGUCUGUGGAACUUGACCAGGAGCUGCGACCCUUCGUUCCGGACCUGAUUCCAGCUGUGGGGGACAUCGAUGCCUUCUUGAAGGUAUCUAGGCCUGAUGACCAGCCGGACACCCUGGGACUAACGGUUCUGGACGAGCCCAGUGCGUGUCAGACGGACCCAAGUGUCCUCGACCUCCAGCUCAGGGCCCUGUCCAAGGAAGCGCACACCAGCAAGAGCGCGGUUGUGAAGAGGCUCACGGAUCCGGAUAAAAACCCGAAAGAGAUAGAGUCCUGGAUUGCAAGCGUUCAAGAGCUGCAUCGAGCCAGACCUCCUCCAACGGUACACUACAGCAGAAACAUGCCGGACAUCGAGUCUCUGAUGCAAGAGUGGCCACCCGAAUAUGAAGAAUUGUUGAAGGAGGUGCGUUUGCCGUCGGCGGAUCUGGACUGCAGUCUGGAGGAAUAUGCUACCCUCGUUUGUGUUCUCAUGGACAUCCCCGUAUACAAAUCCAAACUGGUGCAAUCGCUCCACGUGCUUUUCACACUCUAUGCCGAGUUCAAGAAUUCUCAGCAUUUCAGUGCCCUGGCCAUGGAAAACAAGCUCGACAAUGAUGCAAACGACGAUGCUGAUCGUCUUGUGCUGUAGGCAUGACAACGGUACACCAAGGCCAGUUUGUGUCAUCUACCGUUAAAUCCAAGACUGUGCACCCACUUUUCGUUGGACCACGUGCAUUUUGUAUCGUGCAACCUUUGGAACUGGUCUUGGGAACUCUAAUACCCGUGCCACACGGGCAACUCGAAUGCCAUUUACAACGAAUG